AGAGAGAGAGAGCAUCAAAAGAAAAGUGGCAGAUGCAAACCAAGAAAAGAUAAAAAGAGCAUAUCGAGGCAUAAUAAUCAAAUCACAUGCCAGCAAGCCAAAAAGGAGGGAACGAUGGUGCUCAUUGUUAGAGAGAGAAACAGUUUUUGAGUCACGCUGUGGUUUAGGGUUCAACAAUUCAACUUCAGACCUCAUCAAACUCACAGAGAAAGAUAACGAUAAUUGAAAAUGACGGAUGUGAUUCUUCACGUAUACGAUGUAACGAAUAGCGGCUCAGAUAAGACGAACAACACAAUUCUACAGAUCAACAAGAUCUUCAAGGACGGAAUCGGGAUUGGUGGCAUCUUCCACAGCGCCGUUCAGGUUCAUGGAGAAGAUGAAUGGUCGUUUGGGUAUUGUGAACAAGGCUCUGGAGUUUUUAGUUGCCCAGCUAGCAAGAAUCCUAUGUAUACGUAUCGUGAAUAUAUAAUCCUUGGGAAAACAAGCUUCCCCAAAUUCAAGGUUAACCAGAUCCUGAGAGAACUUAGUAGGGAGUGGUCUGGAGACUCAUAUGACUUGCUAUCAAAAAACUGCAACCACUUUUGUGAUGAGCUCUCUGAAAGGCUUGGUGUGCCUAAACCUCCUGGUUGGAUCAACCGCUUUGCCCAUGCUGGAGAUGCUGCAGUGGAAAUUGCAGAAAAUACAGCAUACAGAUUCAGACAAGCGAAAACAGAGAUUGCAUCAGCUAGUAAAGUGGCAUACCAUUUCCUUGUUAAUAUUGGUUCAAAUUCUAUGAAGACGGUUGAUCAAGAAUCAACAACAGGAGGAAAUAUAAAUAGAGGAGGGAUUCCUAAGUUCCAAUCAAGCUGGUUCAAGAACCUUAUUUCUGCAGGUGACAAACCCCCACCAGCAGCUUCAAUUGAUAAUAGUACUAGGCUUGGACUAGAGAAGCAAGAGGAAACUGCUAUGCUCCAUCAACAAGACCAAAUGUAUGAGAGGCUCAUAUAAGAAGAGAAGAAUUAUGGCAAAAUUAGAGGAGGAUUCAAAUUCAUGUUCUUUUAUUGGUUAAUAUUCUGCGCGACUGACUGUUAGCUAUCUUGUCGUGUCCUUGCUGGAAACAAUAGUUAUUUUCAUUCUCAACAAUCUUUUUUUACAUUUACCAAUUAUCUGCUUCUUAAUUCUGUUCCAAUUUCUUCAUUACAUUAACUAUUGUUGAUUCUUUUU